GUUUAGUUUUAUUCAUACGAUUGACUUUUCGCUUGUCACGAACUUACGGAAGGUUUUAAUAUACCUACAAGAAAUUUCUGUAAUCUAAUUCAAUUAUUUUAUUAUUUCUUCAAAAUGUUCCUUUAUCUUCAUUCUUAUAUUAAUCUUGUUAUUUCUUCCGUACUUUUUUUUUCAAUCUUGGUCACAAUACAAUAAAUAAUGUUCUUUAUUUACAAGACGUCAGUGGAUAAGUAAACUUGUUUUCGUGUUUGUGCUUAUUAAUUCAACACAAUGGAUAAAGGAGUGACAUGUGAGCAUCUAAAUAAGCUAGCUGACUCUCUAGAAAAAGAGUUAUGGCAAUCAAAGGAGACAUUAGCAUGUUUUGACUGCGGGUGUCCUGGGCCCAAUCUAUGGAUAUGUCUGCAACCUGAUUGCCAUCACAUUGGCUGUUCUGAAGUUAAAAAUGAUCAUAGUACUAUACACCAAAAGAAUUUUCCACCACAUUGCGUCCAUAUGAAUGUGUCCACCGAGAGGAUAUGGUGUUAUACGUGUGAAAAGGAAGUCCACAUUAGAGCAGCGCUAGCACAUGGAAUGCAUUCGGAGACUGCUUCUAUUGACGGCUCAAUAAGCAGCGCACGUUUUAGCACAGCAGGAUUGGCAAUGCAAGAUGACGACCUCGAUCCAGAAGAGAUGGACUAUGAGGAUGAGGCGAGGCCAAGAGCAGGUUUGGUUGGACUACAGAAUAUGGGUAAUACGUGUUACAUGAAUGCAGCGUUACAAGCUCUCAGCAAUACGGCACCACUCACGUCAUACUUUCUAGAAUGCUCUGCAGCCGUCGCGGUGUUAGCGGCCGAUAAGAAGCCGGGAUUAAGUCGGGCAUACCAAAAACUAAUUAAAGAAAUGUGGAGUAGAAAAACGAGAGGCUAUGUUGUACCUAAUGGUAUCUUGUAUGGAAUACGAAAUGUGCACCCUAUGUUCCGCGGCUACCACCAACAUGACACACAAGAGUUCCUGCGAUGUUUCAUGGACCAACUACAUGAAGAGUUGAAAGAACCGGUAUGGGACACUACGUCAGAAGAUAAACUUGGUUCUGAAGCAGACGGUGACCACUCAAAUGGUAGAAAUGUACAUAUUCGACGACGGGCUGCCUCUUCAGGGGCAAGCGACGCACCAUUCUUCGCACGCAUGAGGCGGAAAUCGCCGGCCGCGUCAUCGUACAGCGAAUCUAGAACCGAUGUAUAUUUGAGGGUGUCGGAGGGUGCGGAGGGUGUCGCGGGCGGCGCGGGGGGGCGCCACCGUCGCUCGGCCAGCUGCGGCGGCGCACACCACCUCGCCUACUCCGCGCUCGCCAACGUCAACGGAACCACGGGCGGUGGCUGGUCGCAGCGGUCAGCUGGUUCGGAAUCGGAACUGUCGUGUUCAAGUGAAGCGGAAGAGCGAUACGAGACGUGCUCGAGCGGCGCCAGCGACGCGCCCGCGCCCGCUCCCGCUCCCGCUUCUGACUCACACCUUCACCGCACGCUUAAGCAGACGAGCGCCGGCGCAGGCUCAGGCGGCGGUGACGGCGGCUGUGGAACGGGCUCAGUGCGGUACCGCAGCGUGGUGUCGGACGUGUUCGACGGCAAGCUGCUCUCGUCCGUACAGUGCCUCAUAUGCGACCGGGUGUCGACUCGUGUGGAGACGUUCCAAGACCUGUCACUGCCGAUACCGUCGCGUGAGCACCUAGCCGUGCUGCGAUGUCAACAGUCCGCUCUCAACCACCACGCUGCCGCUGCUGCCGCCGCCGCGUCCCAGGACUCAUGGGUAUGGUGGUUACUGAGCUGGCUACGAUCAUGGUUCUAUGGUCCGGUGGUCUCAUUGCAAGACUGCCUCGCCGCCUUCUUUAGUGCAGACGAGCUUAAAGGUGAUAAUAUGUACAGUUGCUCCCGAUGCAACAAGUUGAGAAACGGUAUUAAGAUGUCAGGCGUGGUACGGCUGCCGGAAGUUCUAUGCGUGCAUCUCAAGCGCUUCCGGCACGAGUUAAUGUUUAGCGCGAAGGUGGCAGCACGUGUCUCCUUUCCCACGCAUGACCUCAACAUGGCGCCGUACACUCACAAAGACUGCACAUCAAAGGUAACCCGGUACGAGUUGUGUGCGGUGAUAAGCCACGCGGGUACCGCAGGCGGCGGACACUACACGUGCGCCGCAAGGAACGGCCGCUCGUGGUACACGUUCGACGACCACAGCGUAGUGCCGCUGCCGCUUCACCACUUGGCACACUGCGAGGCUUACGUGCUCUUCUACAAGAAAGUUAAUCCCCAAAUGACGGUGCUGAGACAAAAGGCGGCUGAAAUAGUGGAAUCCACAACUGUGGAGCCAAACGACAUUAAAUUUUAUAUUUCAAAACAGUGGAUCAACAAAUUCAACACGUGGGCGGAGCCUGGUCCCAUAGACAACAGCGACUUCGUGUGUUGCCACGGCGGCGUCCGGCCCGACCGCGCGCCGCACGUGCAGCAACUGGCUGCGCGUGUGCCGCAGCAGCUGUGGGAGUUUCUGCACGCACAGUUCGGCGGCGGGCCGGCGGCCACGCACGCGCACGAGUGCGGCGCGUGCGCACGCGCCGCGCGCCGCCUGCGGGCGCGCCGCGCCGCCGAGCUGGCCGCCUUCUACGACCUGCACGCCGCCUUCCAGGAGCAAGAGCACCCUCGCGCCAUUUACGCGAUCAGCAUGCACUGGUUCAGGCAGUGGCAGGCGUUCGUGAGGAACAAGACGCAGCAGCCACCGCCGCCGGUUGACAACAGCGGCAUUGUCACAAAACAAGAAAUCGACGGUAUCACAACGUAUAUACUCAAACAGGGGUCAGACCACGCACAGCUGAGCGAGGAACUAUGGAGGUUCUUUACUGACAUAUACGGGGGAGGACCUGAGGUGAAACUCAAGUGUCCCACCACCACCAUCCAGUCCAUCGCCAACGACAGAGAUCCCAAACUCUUCGAGAACCGCCGCCUCUCCAGGAAAUAUUCUGAGUCUGACAAAGAGGAAUACUGCGUCAAGUCCACCUCAGAAAUGAAUAUAAGAGACACAAUACAUGGGGAACUUCAAAAGAAUCAAUCAUUACAAAACAUCAAUAGACGAUACAAAGUUAACAGAACAAUGGCCGAUUCAGACGAAGAUGUUAAUUACAGGCACACGUUUCAGUAUAAGAGACACGAGCCGAACGGCAAUUAUCAAGAUUCUGAUGAGGAUAUGGAUUCAAGCCCCCCACAGUACGGCAACACCGUGCGAAUGGAGAACGGAGUGGACAGUUCCGAUCACGAUGCAAACGAUAAUCCAGUGUAUAAUAGCAAAUGGCAAAACGAAAAAGAUACAGACCUGCCAAACUUAGACAGUAUAUCCUUAAAAAGUAAACCAAAGGCAGGCAAAGUGAGAAAAAUGAAAAGACGAACGGUGAAAUGAUUUUUUCUAGCCUUCCAGUUCGUUCACAGGUUGAGGCAGAAGGUAGCUUCGGGCCACGACUACGUCUAAACAUUCCUACGGUGACUGGUGUUCGCAUACUGUGCAUUUAUUAGGCUCGAAUAAACUCUGGGACCCUGGUCUCUACGAAGCGAUAUUUUUCUAAAUUAUAUUUAAAAUCUGCGGCCUCCGAGCCCCGCAAUGGAAGGGUGUUAGUAUUUUUUAGUACAAUUUACAUUUAGUUCAAAUUCUGACCUAGAGAAUAUAGAUACUUGAAUGUUAUUCACUAUAUUCAAACUGUAUAAUUACAAUACAUAAUGUUAAUCUUUGUAAAAUUAUGAAGUUACGGUAACACAUGUGUAUAGAUAUAUCAUGUUAAUAGGUAGUCAACUCCCCGACUGCAUUUCUUACGUUUCCCUGUUUUACCAAGUGGAUUAGGUAUUUAUUUUGUUAUUUCUGGUUCUAAGUCUAUAUGUUAUUUGUUAAUUAAUUGAUCAGCAAUAAAAUUUAUUUCAUAUAUAUUGGCUGCA